ACAACAAAAUCACUAAAAUUGUCACUAGAAAAAGUGUUGUGUGGGUGCUGGGUGUUGUUGUCUUGUGAACCUGUCGUUUAUUUUGUGUUUAUUUACUGGUUUUAAAUAAUAAAAUUAUGUUUUUUUCAACAUAAACACACCUCCCCGUUGUUGCUUCAUGGUGCAUAUGAUUUUAAUGAAUGUAACGAAAAAACCGCAAUCCAGUUGUCUCAAAGAUGGGUUUCUUGAGUUCUUGGAGGUUGGGACCAAUUUCUGUUUUCUUGGCAAUUUGCUGCAUUUGUAGCAUAAAUUGCCAAAACUUGGGACCAUCAAAUACUCCAGAAGCUUAUUUCAACGGCUCAGCUUAUCUACGUUUACAAACGACUAUUUCUCCAAUAAAACAAACAGGUCUCAGCUUUCGGACAUGCACAGGUGGCGGCCUAUUUUCCCAACAACAAAACGACGAUUUCCUCGAAGUCUCUGUUAAUUCGGAGGGCGUGAUAUUUUUCGCAAAAACAGCCGGCAAACAAUUCAAUAACAAAAUUUUCGGUAAUUUCAUCAACAAUAAAUGGCACGUUGUGUUCCUUUAUUACGAGCAAGGGAACUUAACUCUGAGAGUCGAUAACGAAAAACAGUUGGUGGCAAAUUCGAGUUACCAAACCGAACUCAUCACAAACCCCGGCUUUUACAACGAGGGGGCUUCAGUCCUCCUCGUGGGCAAACAAUUCAACGGUUGUCUCCUCGAAGGCCCCUCUCUUGUCUUCAACCAUUCGAUUAUUUACAACCACAAUGUUAAAUUCGAGCCUUGCCCCAUUCCUGAAGACUCUUGUAUUCUCCAAGUGAUCGAUUACUGCGUCACUGAGCCUUGUAUGCGUCGUGGCACGUGCCACAACAGCCCCAAAGGUUACAAUUGCACGUGCCAGCCACGAUACACGGGAAAAAAUUGCGAGAUGGAUUUGGGGAAUCCCUGCGAAAGAAAUCCAGCGAUUUGCAAGAACGGGGCCACGUGUAAUGCGGACAACACGGGGGUUUACACGUGCACGUGUCCCCCAAAUUUCACAGGCAAACACUGUGAACAACUAAUCGUUGUGAAUCAACAGUGUCAGGACAAUCCGUGCCAAAAUGGGGCCACGUGUGUCUCGAAUGGAAAUAUGGAGUGUUUGUGUUUACCGGGUUUCGAUGGGCCUAAGUGCGAGUUUAAUAUCGACGAUUGUAAGGGAAAUCCGUGCAAGAAUGGAGGGAUUUGCAGGGAUGGACUGGAUAAUUUCACCUGUGAUUGCAGUAGGACUGGAUAUACAGGGCGUUUUUGUCAAAUUAACAUCAAUGAAUGUGAGACGAGUCCUUGUUUGAAUCAUGGGACUUGUUUCGACACGUAUGGAGGAUUUUUGUGCCAGUGUCCGCCGGGAUAUGGGGGCGCAUAUUGUCAAAAUACUUUACACGCAUGUUCAUCACAACAAUGUCUCAACGAGGGCCAAUGCAUUAACACCCCUGACGGUUUUAAAUGCAUUUGCCCAGAUGGGUUUGCUGGUGAACGUUGCGAAGCUGGCGAAAGACAAAUUUCCUGUGAUGGAACGAAAUGUCCACCAUAUGCCGACUGUGUAAAAGCCGGCAACAAUUUUGGAUGUAUUUGCAAACCAGAAUAUCCAGGAAAUUAUCCGAAUUGUUCCAUUCCCAAUAUUUGUGCUAAUAAUCCAUGCAAAAAUCAAGGCAUUUGCACGUCUUGGAAUGGUUAUUUCAAUUGUUCGUGCUCACCGGGCUUCACAGGUCAACUUUGCGAAAUACCUGUCGAUUCGCAACCGAAUUGUAACUCAAAUCCUUGCCAGAAUGGGGGCUCUUGUUUCGAUAAACCCACCGGUGGUUUUUACUGCAAUUGCACGGACCAGUGGAUGGGCACUUAUUGCAACGAGUCGUAUGAUGUUUGUAAAUUGGAGCCUUGCCAGAAUAACGCUACUUGUAUUUCUUCGCAAAAUAAGCGCGAUUUCGUCUGCGAAUGUUUGCCGGGCUUUGAAGGACAACAUUGCGAGAGGAACAUCGAUGAUUGUGUGGGGGUUACGUGCCCCUAUGGUCAAGUGUGCUUCGAUUUGGUUAAUGAUCACGAGUGUAGGUGUCCUCUGGGUUAUAAAGGGGAGAAUUGUACCAUUGACGCUGACCCAUGUGCCAAAAAACCGUGUAUGAAUGGGGCCACAUGUCAGAUGAACCAUAACGAGAAUGGGUUUGUUUGUAAUUGUUUGGAGGGUUUUUCGGGGGAGAGAUGCGAAACGGAUAUUGAUGAGUGUAAAAAUCAGCCGGGAAUUUGCAAUGAGGGGAUCUGCCAGAAUGAGCUUGGAGGAUUUCAGUGUUAUUGCAGGCCGGGGUAUACAGGGGAACGAUGCGAUUUGGAUUUUGAUGAGUGUUUAUCGAUGCCCUGUCGGCAUCAAGCCACUUGUCUUAAUAAAGUUAAUAAUUACGAGUGCAUUUGUCCCCCUGGGUAUGAAGGCAAAGACUGCUCAAUUAAUAUAAAUGAGUGCGAGCCAAUGCCGUGCAUGAAUGGCUCCACGUGCAUUGAUGGGAUCAAUAAAUUUACGUGUAAUUGUCAGCCGGGGCUUACGGGGAAGAUUUGCGAAAUUAAUAUCGACGAUUGUGAGUCAUCUCCAUGUCUGAACGGCGCCGAAUGCAUCGACGGCCUCAACAGCUACACCUGCAACUGCACCGACACCGGCUACACCGGCACCCACUGCGAGACAAACAUCAACGAUUGCAUAGGCGACCCUUGCGAAAACGGCGCUUCCUGCGAGGACAAAGUCAAGGACUACGAUUGCCACUGCUAUGCCGGUUAUUCUGGCAAAAACUGCGAAAUCGACAUCAACGAAUGCGACAGCAAUCCGUGCAAACACAACGGCACAUGUUACGAACACUCGAACCAAACCCUCUACCAACUCUCUGACCAAACCCUCCCCGAAAUUUUCUCGGCGGAAUUUAGCUACGACAAAGCCGCCGGUUACGAAUGCCUGUGCGUUGACGGCGUCACAGGCGAAAAUUGCGAAAUCGACAUCAACGAAUGCGAAAGCAAUCCGUGCUUUGAAGGCACUUGUGUGGAUAAAAUCGGGGGGUUUGCCUGCACGUGUGAUGAGGGUUUCGAGGGCGAGAGGUGCGAUAUAGACAUCAAUGAAUGCGAACGGUUCAAACCGUGCGUUUACGGGAAAUGUUGGGAUAGGAGAGCGUCGUAUUAUUGCGAAUGUGACGCGAAUUACGGCGGGAAAAACUGUUCGGUUGGAUUAACAGGCUGUGAUACCAACCCGUGUUUGAACUCCGGGACGUGCAAACCGUAUUUAAUCGACGAAAACAUCCACAGGUUCAAUUGUUCGUGCCCUCAUGGCUAUUACGGACAAGUUUGCGAAAAAAUCACCACGAUGUCGCUAUCGGGGAAGUCCCUAAUUAUUGUAAACACGUCACGGGAGGAAGGCUAUGACAUCCAGUUCCGUUUCAAGACAACACUGGGCGAUGGAUUAUUGGCUUUGGGCAAAGGCUUGACUUAUUACAUUCUUGAAUUAUCCCGAGGGCGCCUAAACUUGCACUCAAGCCUGUUGAAUAAGUGGGAGGGUGUUUUCAUCGGAUCGAACUUAAACGACAGUCAAUGGCAACGCGUUUUCGUUGCGAUUAACUCAACUCAUCUUGUUUUAUCAGCGAACGACGAACAAACAAUUUAUCCGAUCAGUUUUAACGAAAUAUCAAAUGGCACCACCUAUACCAGUUUCCCCUUGACAUACAUUGGGGGGAUCCCAAGCAAUUUGAAAAAACUCACCCAUGGUAAAACCUACUUGGUUGGUUGUACCGAAGACGUGCUCAUCAACGGCGAAUGGAUUUUGCCACCAAGCUCAAGCCCACACACAAAUCCCGCGUUCACUUUUCAAGAAGUGGAGCCAAGUUGUAAGAGACAGCCGCAGUGUAAUCCGAACCCGUGUCAUUCAGGGGGGCACUGUACCGAUCUCUGGGUCAAUUUUAAGUGUACUUGUGGACGGCCCUACUUGGGGGACACUUGCCAAUACAAUUAUACAGCUGCGACUUUUGGUUAUGAAAAUAUAACCGAUUCUUUGGUUACGGUUUACGUGGACAGUGCUGCAAGACGGGCUGUUCGUACCAUAGUCGAUAUUAGCAUGUUUAUAAGGACGAGGCAACCAAAAGGACAGAUUUUUUAUCUAGGGUCCUUGCCAAGGACUAUGAAUCCGUCGGAGGAGACGUACAUUGCAGCACAGUUGGAAGGGGGCGAAUUGUUGGUCAGGAUACAGUUUAAUGGUACUCCAGAGGCUUAUACUGUAGGCGGUGUGAAGUUGGAUAAUGGAUACGACCAUUUAAUUGAGGUCAUCAGAAACGUCACUUUAGUGCAAGUAAAACUAAAUGGAACUGAAUAUUUCCGCAAGACAAUUUCAGCAACGGGUACCCUCGAUGCUCAAGUCCUCUUUCUCGGGGGACCCCCACAAACCCGACCGGUGCGCCAAGCCAACGACAACUUAGUCAAAAUCGAUACAAUUUCCCCAACUUCUUCAGCCGUAAUAGCAACUCCUUUAAGCAACGUCCACUUCAAGGGAAUCAUCCAAGACGUUCAAAUAAGCAACGGAUCGUCGGUCAUGAUCGUCGAAUUCUUCCCUCUGAACGUGAAAGACUUAGACAUCCCGAAAUCGUUCGGUGAAGUUCGAUUUGACGAAACUUCGGUCCUUGAAGGCGUCCGAUCUGAUAACUCCUGCCGAAUAAAUCCGUGUUUACACAACGGUGUGUGCGAAAACACGUGGAAUGAUUACAGAUGUAUCUGUACGCGGGGUUUUAAGGGGAAAGAUUGCUCGGAUUUGGAGUUUUGUGAAAUUGAAAGGUGUCCCAAAGAAUCAGUUUGCAAAAAUCUCGAAGACGGAUCUGAAUGUGUCGCUAAUGCGACUUUUGAUGGUAAAACACCACCACUUAAAUACCGGCUAGUGACUUGGCCCAAUUCGACCAAAAUCGUGUCUUAUGAUACUUUAGAAGUGACCUAUCGGACGAGGUCAUGGGGGACCAUUUUUUUCGCGAAACAUGAAAACGACUUUUUUGCCAUUUUUAUUUAUCAUAAUGAGGUUGUGGUGGAAUGGUCUAUUAACAAAAUGGGGGAUAGUAAACGGUUCAGGAAGGAUUAUUUCGAGGGGCAGUGGUUGACCAUCUACUUCGAAUACAAAAAUUCAAUUCUGAAAGGAGGUUUCAAAGACAUGGUCAUGGACGAAGCGCCUAAUAUGAAAGUUGCCAACUUUGAUAUUGAGGGUUUUACACGGAUUUUAACUUUUGGUGAUAUUUACGUCGCGGGAAGCGAUGAAGUCACACUUGAUUAUCAAAAUAUUAUCAAUAGUUCAAAUGAUAAUAUGACUGGGUAUAUCCCCUACAGUGAUACCACCACAACACCAUCGACCACAAGUAAUUCAGUUGAAGAAAAUGACUUCUUUUCUGAUGUUUCGUUGUUCAAAGUGGACCAAAACAAGUCAACUGACUUUUUUAAGGGAUGUAUUAACGAGAUUAGGAUCGGCGGUAUUUUGCUGCCGUUUUUCCCAUCGAAUGAACUUUUCCAAAAAUAUCACUAUUUCGAGCUUUACUCCGAAAACCGUCCCCAAAUUGGUUGCAUUCUCUGCCACCCGAUCGACUGUUACAAUCAAGGAGUGUGUGCCAACCCUCUGGAAUUUUACAAAUGUAACUGUCCGGCCGGUUUUGCAGCCGACGAUUGUUCGAUAGACAUCAAUGAAUGUGAGAAAAACGAGUGUCAGAACAAUGCCACUUGUAUAGAUCUUGUCGCUGAAUACGAGUGCAAGUGCGAACCAGGAUUUGAGGGCGAACAUUGUGAAACCGACAUCGAUGAAUGUGCAAGUAACCCGUGCCGCCAUGGGGGCACCUGUAACGACGCCAUCGGAACAUUCAAAUGCGAAUGCCCCGAAGGCUUCGCCGGCAAACAAUGCGAAGCCCCUAUACUCAUAACUUGCGACAAUAAACCAUGCAAAGAGGGCGCCACUUGCAAAACGGGUCCAAACGAAAUCACCGGUAACAACUUCACUUGUAUUUGCACCCCAGGCAUGGAGGGCCCCCUUUGUGACACCCCCUUCUGUUACCAACAACCUUGCAUAAACAACGGUACGUGUGUCACUGAGACCGAAGUACCGUUCUGUAAUUGCACAGUUCGGGGUUUCGAGGGCAAAUUCUGCGAAAUAAACAUCGACGAUUGUGAUAUUCCGACUGGAAAUCCGUGCCAACACGGCGGCAUUUGCAACGACCAAGUAAACAAAUACGAAUGCGAUUGUAAUGGGACAGGCUGGGGUGGCCUACUAUGCGAAAACGACAUCAAUGAGUGUGUACAAAUGCCCGAGCCGUGUGGUGUUGGCGGAAAAUGCGAAAACUUCGAAGGGGGCUAUAAUUGCGUCUGCGAUGAUAAGUCAAAGUGUGGGCAUUCGUGUCUUUUGGACAACCCCUGUGAUUCCCAGCCUUGUGUUCAUGGGGAUUGUACUCCUGCAUGCACCGACAAGGCCGACUAUAUUUGCAAAUGUAGGGAGGAGUACACCGGGAAAAAUUGCAGUGAUUAUAAAGUAGCAGCGAGUCAAAUGGACCAUAUUAACAUUUUGUAUAUCAUUAUCCCGAUUGUUUUGAUUUUGAGUGUAGGUAUCGCGAUUGGGUUGGCAGUACUUGUUAAUGUGGCUCGGAGUAAAAGGGCAACGAGGGGAACGUAUAGUCCAAGUGCCCAGGAAUUUUGUAAUCCCAGAGUUGAGUUGGACCAUGUUUUGAAACCUCCACCCGAGGAAAGGCUUAUUUAAUUGUUUUUUGUUAAUUUUGACGGCAUUCGAAUCAGUAGGUUUAGUAUUUAUUGUAGAUACUCAUUUGUUCGGUUUUUACGCAAAGUAAUGUAACAUAGUACUUAAUCUUUUUAUUAAUGAUAGUAUUAUUUAAAACAGUGCGCUGUUAACGGCAAUAAUCAAUUUCAAGCCGUCCAUUGUAGUAUUGUGAUAAUGGUAGGACAAAAGUGUAAUUAUUAAGAAAAAUGUAGACCAAAGUGUGUAUAUAUUUUUUUAUCUAUAUAGAUUUUCUACGUUUUAUUUGGUGUAAUUUAUGAAGUGAUGCAAGUCGGAUUUGUACUUAAUGCUCUGUAACGUUUAAAUAAAAUUCCAACACUUUUUAUAA